AUGAGCAAGGCCCUGCAACGAGUGCAGCAAUGCCUUGAGCGACAAGCGCAAUAUGCCGGGUUGAAUGCUUUUGUCACCCGUGCCAAUGCGACGCAAAUACAGGAUGCAGCCAAAGCAAUAGUCGACAGCGAGUUUGAUGGAUCGUCACUUGCAGGAAGGACCAUCGCUAUCAAAGACAAUAUCGUCACGACAGACUUUCCGACCACGGCAUCGUCAAAAAUCCUCGACGCGUACAAGUCACCUUACAAUGCGACCGUUGUCGAGAAACUCACAGGAGCUGGGGCCCUGAUCUGUGGAAAGACGAAUCUCGAUGAGUUCGGAAUGGGAUCACAUACACGACCCGUCUUCACAUCCACCACACAAAGUCCAUUCAAACGCAAUGGAGAAGCUCUCUCGGCAGGUGGAAGUAGUGGAGGUAGUGCAGUAGCAGUCGCGACAGGUCAGGCAUGGGCUGCUCUGGGAACAGACACUGGAGGUUCAGUAAGACUACCUGCUGCUUAUACUGGCACUGUUGGCUUCAAGCCCAGCUACGGCCGGCUGAGUCGGUGGGGUGUUAUUGCAUACGCCAAUUCACUGGAUACUGUCGGCACCUUGACCCAGAGUGUUGAACAUGCACGAGACAUCUUCAAUGUGCUGGAUUCUUUCGACCCCAUGGAUCCUACCAGCUUGUCAGAAAUAGUCCGCAACGAGGCUGAGUAUCAAUCAAUUGCCUCGAUGGAGGACAAAAGGCUCCGGAUUGGUAUACCACUAGACUACAACACUGCUUCGCUGUCGCCUGAGGUCCGACGAACUUGGUCUCAGUUAUUGACUUCUCUCCAAGAUGCUGGUCAUUCACUUCAUCCAGUCUCAUUACCUUCCACCCACCAAGCACUCUCGGCAUACUACGUUCUGGCUCCAGCAGAGGCCUCAUCCAACCUUGCCAAGUACGAUGGUGUACGUUACGGUCAUCGCACUACCGGUCCCGACGCCAAUCCCAAGGAGAACAUGCCCUUGUUUGCCGCUACUAGAGGCGAAGGCUUUGGACCGGAAGUACAACGCCGUAUCCUGCUAGGUGCUUACACUUUGAGCUCGGAAGCCAUGGACAAUUAUUUCGUCCAAGCACAGCGUGUCCGCAGGCUGGUUCAGAGCGAUUUUGACAACGUAUUUGCUCUUCCAAACCCAUUACUAGAUCUCCGAGCAGAGCAAUCAAGCGACGGGCCCAACGUCGAUAUCUUGAUCGCACCUACAGCUCCGACGUUACCGCCAACGCUGGCAGAAGUGGAGAAGUUGAGUCCGGUUGAGAUGUACAUGAAUGAUGUCUUGACAGUGCCUGCGAGUUUGGCAGGACUGCCUGCUCUGAGCGUGCCCGUCAAGCUACAGAAUGGCUCAACGGAGGCGGGUGAUGUUAAGUCCAUCGGCAUGCAGGUUAUUGGACAGUUUGGUGAUGACGAACUUGUUCUUCAAGUCGGACAAAUCAUCGAGGACUUGCAAGCAAAGAGAAAUUGA